CCGAUCGAUUUACAUUCACCGUCGCCUCACCGCGACGAGGACAAGGAGAACAACCCCGCCGGAGACGACGCCAGCCAGCGCUUCCACAAGGGUUUUGUUAGCGGCUUUGAUUGAUUGAAUUCGGGAGGCCGAGGCAGAGGAGGAGGACGCCGCGAUGAACGGUGGCAGCAGCAAGCAGACGCUGAUAUACAGCUUCGUGGCCAAGGGCUCCGUGGUGCUGGCCGAGCACACCGCCUUCUCGGGCAACUUCAGCACCAUCGCGGUGCAGUGCCUCCAGAAGCUGCCCUCCAACAGCACCAGGUCCACCUACUCCUGCGAUGGCCACACCUUCAACUUCCUCGUCGACCGCGGUUUCGUGUUCCUUGUGGUGGCUGAAGAGGCUGUGGGGAGGAGCGUGCCGUUUGUGUUCCUAGAGCGGGUUAAGGAAGACUUCAUGCAGCGGUAUGGGUCAAGCAUUGAUGAGGAGGGGCAACACCCACUGGCUGAUGAUGCAGAUGAGGAUGACUUCCUGUUUGAGGACAGGUUUAGCAUUGCCUACAAUCUUGACAGGGAAUUCGGUCCAAGGCUAAAGGAUCAUAUGCAGUAUUGCAUUAAUCAUCCAGAGGAAAUUAGCAAGCUCUCCAAAGUGAAAUCGCAUCUGUCAGAGGUCAAAGGGAUCAUGAUGGACAACAUUGAGAAGAUAUUGGAUCGUGGUGAGAAGAUUGAACUCUUGGUGGGCAAGACCGAAAACUUACAGUCCCAGGCCGACAGCUUCCACAGGCAUGGCAGAGAGCUGAGGCGUAAGAUGUGGCUUCAGAACCUGAGGUUCAAGCUUAUGGUGGGCGGUGGCGUCGCAUUUCUGAUCCUCAUCCUCUGGUUGAUGGUUUGCAAGGGCUUCAAGUGCUAGAGUGUCGAAAGCCUUUUUUUUUUUCUCUUCUGCGCACUCGACCAGUUUACCUCGCCAUGUCCAUAUAAUCGUGCUGCCAGUAUGUUGUGCGCACAGCUGAAAUGCCCCUCUGGACUGUUCUCAUGUCGUUGUAUGCUGUUAGAUAUCUGGAAUACUUGUAUAAGCUCUGUCAAAGAAGGGGACACCGCUCCGAUGUACAUUCUGAAGUACCACAACAAGACUGUUUGGCCCUUGUUCGGAUUCUCUUAUUUAACCAUAGGCCUGCCUUGAGCACCGAAGAUUAUUGUGC